AUGGGUGUCCAGGGCCUUUGGACUGUCGCACAGCCUUGCGCACGGCCGACGAACCUCUCGACCCUCAACCAGAAGCGCCUUGCCAUCGAUGCUUCUAUCUGGAUCUACCAGUUUCUCAAGGCAGUCCGCGACAAGGAGGGCAAUGCCCUGCGGAAUAGCCAUGUCGUCGGCUUCUUUCGCCGCAUCUGCAAACUGCUAUGGCACGGCGUGAAGCCAGUUUUCGUUUUUGAUGGCGGCGCCCCGGCUCUGAAACGGGCCACAUUGCAGGGUCGCCGGAGACGGCGCGAGGGUCGCCGUGAGGAUGCAACACGGACAGCAGGGAAGCUGCUUGCCGUGCAGAUGCAACGCAUGGCCGAGGAGGAAGAAGAGAACCGCAAGAAACGUGCGAAUGAUGCUGCGGCCGGGGAGGUCGAGGAAGAGCAGGAGCAGCUGCCUAGCAUGGAUCAGAUUGUGUACGCGGAUGAGCUCGGCAUGUCAAAGCAGGAACGCCAGAGGAACAGACGGUUCCAUAAGAAGGAUGCUUAUCACCUCCCAGAACUCGACAAUGGCAUCGAAGGCAUGGGCAAGCCCAACGACCCCCGCAUCAUGAGCAUCGAUGAGCUGGAGGAGUACGCAAGGCAGUUCAACGACGGCGAGGAUAUCAACCUUUACGACUUUAGCAAGAUUGACUUUGACGGAGAGUUCUUCAAGAGUCUUCCGCCCGCUGACCGUUAUAAUAUUCUCAACGCUGCCAGAAUCCGUAGCCGUCUGAGGAUGGGCUUGAGCAAAGACCAGCUCGAUGGCAUGUUUCCGGACCGGAUGGCCUUUUCGAGAUUUCAAAUCGAGCGAGUCAGAGAGAGAAACCACCUGACGCAACGCCUAAUGUACGAAAUGGGCAUGACCGGCACCGAUUUGACCCUGGCCGCCAACCGUGUCGCAGGUGACAGGACUCGCGAGUACAUUCUUGUGAAGAAUGAAGGGGCCGAAGGAGGCUGGGCACUGGGCGUCGUCAGCAGGGACAAGGACAGAGGCAAGAUCCACAAGCCCAUUGAUGUGGAUGCAUUGGAGUUUCAGUACCAGGGACAAAAUGACGAGGACGAUUGGGAAGAUGAAGACUUUGAGGAUGUUCCGAUCGAGGGUCUGAAUAGACUACCCAAGAUCAAGGCAAACGAGGCAGAGGAGUCCCUCUUUGUCGAAAACGGCGAACCCAACCUCUUUAGAGAUGACGACGCUCUUCAGAGCGACGAGGAUGAGGACCUUAACCGAGCCAUUGCGCUGUCACUGCAGAACCAACACAAUGUCGACACAAGGGGCGCCGACGAUGGGAAUGAGGAUUUAGAUGAAGAAUCCGAGAGCGCGCCAACGCCCGAAUGGGAACAGAAGGCAGCCGAGGCGCCGAAGCCCAUUGUUAGCACUAGCGGGCGGAUGGUGGCCCAUAUUGUGAACAACCGAGCGAGCGCUGCUGUGCCCAGGCGCCGGGAUAGCGGAAGCAGUGACAGUGACGUCGAUCUACAGGCCGCUCUAGCAGCUGCGAGGGCAAAGAAACCGAGAGUGCAGCCAGCCAAAGCACCGGCGCCAGCACCAGCACCUACCAAACCCAACGUAAAGAACCCAUUCGAUGGGCCACUGCCAUUCGAAAAGCUCAAUUGGCAAAGUGCGUUUGGUGGGAGGUUUGCACCCUCCUCGGAGAAACCAAAGGAGCAUAAGAAACCGGGACAAGUCGAGACUGGUGAUCAUGAAGCCGCCUCUGAUGAAGAAGCAGGAGGGUUUGAAAAAGAGCCCUCCAGGGACGAGGACAUCGCCGGAGAGAACAAGCCACGCCCGCUGCCUCCGUGGCUCACAGACGACACCGAUAUCCGAGAAUCUGUCAAGAAGCAGCAGGCGUUGGAGAUGCAAAUGGUUGAGGAGAAUGAGGAGCAGGACGACCUGAGGUUUGGUCAAGACGACGUUAUCGAAAUCGAGUCCUCGAGCGAUGAUGGGAGUGAUAUCGAGAUCGUAGAUGCGCCACCUCCCGUUGAACAAUCCAUCAUUCAAGAACCAGCGGUUAACCUCCUUUCCCUAGAGGACGAUGUUAUCAAAGAGACGACCCAAAUUCCGGUCGAUCCCGAAACUCUCGACUCUGACGCAGAACCAACGGCCCAAGAGCCGGUUGGCGCCGCUCUCAUUUCUGAAGAGGCUCGCAUUGAAGCAGAGCUUUUCGGCGACGGCACGCCUCCUCCGGCACAACAAAUAAGGACAGAAGGGCUGGCACCACCCCACGAGGGCUCGCCUAUUGACCCAGACGCCCCCGGCCUUGAGGAGUUCGAGGACUUCAGCGACCCAGAAGAAGAAGAACUUCUCGCACAGAUGGCCGAGGAGGCCGAAGAACAUGCCCGGUUUGCGAGUCAGCUCAACAACAAAUCCCAGCGCGAGAACCAGCAAGCCUACGAACAGGAACUACGAGCGCUCCGCGCCCAGCAAAAGAAGGAUCGGCGUGACGCAGACGAAGUCACCCAGGUCAUGGUGACCGAAUGCCAGGCCCUGCUCACCCUCUUCGGCAUCCCGUACAUCACCGCACCCAUGGAAGCCGAAGCGCAAUGUGCUGAGCUCGUCCACCUUAAUCUCGUCGACGGCAUCGUAACCGACGACUCGGACACCUUUCUCUUUGGCGGCACGCGCGUCUACAAGAACAUGUUCGCCGGCAACAACUCAUCUCCCUCGCCCACCUCCUCGGCUCCGACUACACCGAAAGGGCUGCCCGGCGUCGGCCCGGUCACCGCCCUGGAAAUCCUCUCCGAGUUCCCAGGCAAGAACGGCCUCUCCGAAUUCCGCGACUGGUGGCAGGACAUCCAGAACCGCGGCCGCCCCAAGGACGCCGACGCCGCCUUCCCCUUCCGCCGCAAGUUCCGCAAGGCCCACGCCACCAAGCUCUUCCUCCCCCCGGGGUUCCCCAACCCGGCCGUCGCCGACGCCUACCUCCACCCCGACGUCGACAGCAACACCGAGCCGUUCCAGUGGGGCGUCCCGGACCUGGACGGCCUGCGCCAGUUCCUGAUGAAUACCAUCGGCUGGGGCCAGGAGCGCACCGACGAGGUGCUCGUGCCGGUGAUUCGCGAUAUGAAUAAGCGGGAUGUGGAGGGGACGCAGAGCAAUAUCACGCGGUUUUUUAGCAUGGGUGUUGGGGUGGGUGCGAGGGACGCGUUUGCGCAGCGGCAGAGGGGGGGCGGGGGCAGUAAGAGGAUGGCGGAUGCGGUGAGCCGGUUGAGGGCGAGGACGGGGGGUAGCGGUGGGUCGGGGUUGGGGGAUGUUGUCGAGAUGCCGGUUGCGCCGCCGCCGGGGCCAGGGCCGAAGGGAGGGAGGAAACGGAAGGCGAGGGCGCCGGCGGUUGUGGAUGAUGACGAUGAUGGGGAUGAUGGGGAUAAGGGUGAGGGAGUUGAGGAGGAGGAGGAUGAGGGGGAGGGAGAGGGUUCCGAAAUCGAAAAGGGAAGGAGAACACAGAGCUUUUGGGUGGACAUAGACGCUCAAGUUCUUACUUCAUCUCAGCUCGUGUUAGUCUUCGGCGGUCAUGUGGAGUUGGCAUUACGGAUAUCUCCUUCGUUGCAAAAACUCCCUAGCCAUGCGGGAAGCAAGACACAAGGCUACCUCUCCCCUGCGUAUAACCAACACGAUAUCAACCUACCGACAACGAUGAAAACAAAGAUCGCCACGGCCAUGUUGGCCAUGGCUUUUGCAGUACACGCCGCCGUCGCGCCCCCUGGCUAUUCCCAAUCCAAGCAACUGUGCGAGGGAAAGGAAGUCGCAGAAAGUGGGAAUUGGUACUGCCAGAAAGUUCAACGCAUCUCAUACGAGAAUAUGGACAGGGAAGGUUCGUAUAACCAAGUUGUCUACAUGAACCAGGAGACUGGGGAGUGCAAGUUUAUGCCCGCCAGGUUUUCAGGGCCGCUAGCGCCGUUCGACGAACCGUUGUCUCUCCACUUCCGAGGGCCACUCAACUUGAAGCAGGUUGCCGUGUACAUGCCUGCAACCCGUGACAACGUAACAAAGGCCCAGGGCAAGCCAGCUACAGAUACUAUGGGUAUCAAAGCCAGAACACCCAACGUCGGUCACCAGCACAGCGCUCCACACCUCGAACGUUCCUACAACGCAUUUACGAAAGGGUUCAGCAACGGAACACAUUGGAUACCGCCUAUCAACGAUCACAGGCAUCACACGCACAGUAACCACAGCGGGGUGUUUGUCUCGAUCACCACUGGGAGCAGCUCCCGGCUUGAGAACUGGAAGUUGCCUCUGACACCGACACCCGACUCGGUCACUGAAAGAAACAUAGAAACCAUAAUGACAUCUGUCACGACCGUCGAAACAGUUGAAGUUACCCAGACGUUGGACAAUACUGCCGCUGGUACUAAUACCGGAACGGCGGGUUCAGUGACAGUGACGGUGACUGUCACCAGCUAUGUUACCGGUACCUCCCUGGUCGGGGCCUGCAGCGGGAGUAUUGGGAUGUCUACUCCCUCGAUGACCACUGUUGUCUCCAGCAUGAGCUCCCCCACGAGCACCAUAUCAAGUGGUUCGGGUAGCUCGGGCGCGGCUGUGUCGACGACACCGAUGGCCAUUACCAUGUCGAGCUCCAGCACCCUGUCCAAUACCAAUUCGAGUGCCUCGGGGACCGGGGUUGGAACCUCUGGGCGGUCUUCAAACACGGUCAGCUUUGGCACUAUCAUUUCGAGCAGCGCCCUCUCAAGCCGCCGACGCUGUUCAAAGACGACGGCUUUUUCACCGUCAUCGACCAGUCUCACAUCUAGUUCGAGCUCCGGUUUCAGCUCUACACCCAGCAGCAGCUCUAUUUCCGACACCACUCACAGCACCGGUUCUGUCUCCACCACUAGGUCAUACAGCGUCGUUCCUAUCUACGGCUCAAGUUCUGUCUCCUCCCCCAUCCCGUCCAGCAGCCCCGGUGCGGCUAACAAGGCUCAUAAAUUCGUCCGCACCGGUUACUACAACGCGGAGCAGCAAAAGGCAGAGGGUGUAAUGUUUCUCGGUAACUACGGCGGUCAGGGAUCCGGUAAAUGGACGCCAACCUUUGGCAAUACCCUUUCGUACGUCAACGCAGACGGCACUGGCGGCUCCCCAAACGCAACCAUCCUCAAAGACACCACCCUCGUCUCCUCACAAGAAGUUUCUCUCUUCACCGACGAACCCUGCGACGGCUCAUGCGGAUACAUCCAGAACGGCUCGGUAGCCUACAGGUUUCGCCGGCGCCUCCAAGAUCUUCCCUCCUCGAAUUCUCCAUGCCACACACCACCGCGCCUCUCGCCUCAUGCACCAACACCACCACGCUAG